AGUUGCAUUUGAAUCGGCAGUCGUCUCGUGCUGUUUGACGGGUGUGUUGUGCCGCUAUAUAUAACUUUAAUACAGUGAGGUGAAUUUAUUUACUGACUAUACGUGACUUAAUCCUCCGUGGACUGGAUAAGACAGCUGCCCGAAAAACCCACAGGAGGAAGAUUUGGAAGUUAAGAGGACAAAAAUCGCUUCAACGAGGCCCUUCAGUGAGUCGCAGGGCAUGCUGGUCCCCGAGUGAUGUUGGGGGAGAGUGUGGUGGUCGUGGGGGGCGGGGGUGGUGCGCCCCUCCACAGGCCCCGAUCAGCUGACAACCUCUCCCGUCUUACCUCGGCCACGUCCCUCCCUGCCCUGGAUGACCUGGCGGAAUCUGAAGUGUUUGUGGGGGAUGAGGAAGAGGACCUGGAGGGUGGGGACUGCUACCUGCGGCACCACCUGCCCCCCUUAGACCCAUGCUCUCCCGGGGAGGUGACGCCUCCUGACCUGAUGUCGCCGCCCUGCCCUCCGUCGUCCACCAGCCUCGUGAUCGCCUACCAUGACGAGGCGCUGCGUCUUCCCCUCGAUGCUGUCAAGGAGGAGGUAGAGGCGGAGGCGUUGGAGGAGGCGAGCAUGAUCCUUUCUAGCGGCCCUGCGUCGCUGGGCCACGCCUCCCUGGGCCCGUGCUCCCUCACCUCCUCGAUGGUGUCCUCCGCCUCCCUUGAGGACACGCUCUCCUCCCGCACCGACACCUUCGACACUGUGGUGGCCGCUGCUCCCGCCCGCACCCCCUCCCCCCCACAGCCCCCCACCGCCACCCCCCCGCCCCUUCGUGCUGCGACCACGCGUCCCGGCAACAAGGACGCCGCACGUGUGGCCGCCACCCCUGCCCGCACCUCCCCCACCUCUCCGCGGGACUCCUCCGGCCGCAGUUCCCCAAGGACCUCCACAGACUCGCCUGGCACCCCUGAGAAGCGGCGCGGCGCAUCGGGCACCUCACCCCGCAGCGAUGUCAGCGCCACGAGCAGCCGUGGCAGCACGCCCAGGGGCACCCCACGCCCGUCGGCGGCAUCAUCCCGCACCGAGGACAAGAGAACGCCGCGGGGCACGCCACGUACCACUCAAGGUACCGCUGGGGACCGGCGUCCCUGUGCCCGUGCCCAGGAGGCGCGGAGAGAGACGCACGCCCACGCCCACGCUCGCACCAAAGCCCCGGAGCGGAACGACGAGGCGCGCAGCAGCACGCUGGGCCGCAAGAAGAAGCCUGAGGUUGAGGCCCGGCCUGGCGCCGCACCCCCUCGCAGGAAGGAAGUGGCGGCAGCCGCCCCAGCGGUACCAGCAGACAAGUACGGCAGUCUGGGGCGGCGGCGGCGAGUGAAGGACGCGGCCAAGGAUGAUGGUGGGCCCGCGGGCAAGGAGAGUGGCGGUGGGUUGACACGGGACAGCAAGAACACCCUGGACAUGUACGCCACACUGCCACGGCGCCGCGCGCGGGAGGUGAGUGCCCGCUGGCGGGAGCAGCUGGCGGCGGAGGAUGACGCGACGCGCCCCUCCCUCAGGCGCACAAAGUCCGUCGGGAAGAGCGAGUCGGCGACAGCAGGUGGUGCCACAGCAAGGGGCCGCGCCUCCAUCAUGACCACCAGCCUUCCACCCUCUGCCCUCAGGCCCCGCAGCCCCCGCACCAACAACCCCCCUGCCAGGACCACCUCCACCUCCACCUCCAACCUAGCCACCCGCAAGGAGAGGACCAUCAUCUGCAUGGAGGCCGCCAUCCAGACAGCACUGACAGGUGGAGAUGUGGCCAACGCCCUCAGGGCCAUGUCCCGACAGAACUCCUUAGGCACCGAGGAGUCGGAUGAGGCCCCAGAGGUGACCCGACCCCAUGUGGCCAUCGUGCGGGAGGAGUCCUGCCCUGAGGAGCUGCCCCCCUGCAGGAGUGUGGAAGUGCAGGUGGAGUUGGCGUGGAGGCUUGGCGAGGGGGAGCUGCCAGAGCAUGUGCGUCGUCUCACCGAGGAACACACACGCCUCCAGAACGAACACUCGCGGGCAAGGGUGCGUCUGGAGGAAAUGGAGGGUCUGCGGGAGGAGCUGCAGCGGCUGAAGGUGACCCUGGAGGAGGAGAGGUCUGAGAAGGAGGAGGUGCAGGGCGAGCUGGAUAGGACGUCUCAGAGGGUGAAGGACAUGCUCAUCUCCAUGGAAGGGGUGGAGCACGAGUUCAACAGCCGCGGGGACAGCCUGAUGGAGCUUGAGUCGCAGCUCCACCACUCAGCCGACAUGCACGUCCAGAUGCAGGAUCGCCUGAACAAGUUUGAGGAAUGCAACCUGAAGAUAAAGAGGGACCUGGACAAGAGUGUGGCUGCCCAGAAGACCCUCCUCCAACAAGUGCAGGACCUUGAGAAUGAGAGCCGAGAGAUGGCAGACUUCAUGGCCGAGGAGAAGAAUGCCCUGGCUGAGUGUCUGAGGGAGGCUGAGGCUGAGAUUCUACGUCUGAGGAGUGAGUGUCACCAGCUGUCUGCCAAGCUCAAGGAGAAGGAGGAGGAGGGGAGGCGGGUGGCGAGAGUGGCCGAGGACAGGAGAAACAAGUACAUGCAGUUACAAUCUGAUAUGAGCUCCAUGCAGUGCCGCACGAGGGACAUGAUGGUGUGUCAGGGAGCCGAGGUGUCCGGGGCAGCUGUCUCCCUCAACAAUGUGUCAUCUCGUCUCCGCUCCCUUAUCGCCAAGCUGGUCCAGGAUUACUCCAUCACUGAGGCUGACAUGGAGAUGAUAGUGACGCCCAGUGAGAGUGACAGCAGCGCAUCGUCCACCAACGGCACCCCAGAGCACAAGCCCAGCAUCAAGGGGGUGAUGCGACGCACACCCUCACCUCGCAAAACCGCCUCCUUCAUGACAGCUCUGCUCAGUGCCAUGCGAAUGGGACCCAGGCCAAGGAUAAGUGAUCUUGGAGGUGCCAUUUCCAGCAUAACUAAUGGGCCCAGUAAGGAGCUGCAGGUGACGGAAGGCCGCAACUCUCCUGAGGGAUCUGAGAGUCACGAGGUGGUGGAGGGCAGCGCCAUGUCCUCCUCCCUGACGGACCAGGUGACGGAGAUGGACGUCCUCCUUACACGCUUCCUCAAGGUCUGCUGUGUCCUCAAGAAUGAGUCUGACUUGCAGCUGAUGGAGACUGAGGAUGAUAAUGAGCGCCUCAGUAGUCAGAUGCGGUCCCAGCAGCAAGUUAUUGACCAGCAGCAUGCAGACUACGAGGCCAUGACCCGUGCUGAGGCUCGGGCCAAGAAGGAACUGGUGGCGGUUCAGCGGGAACUGGAUGUGGCCAACAAAAACCUCACCAAGUAUUACGAGGCGGAGUAUGAUCAUCAGGUUAUGAAACUACAGAAUGAGGUGGAGAAGCUUGGAGGCACUGUGAGGCACCUGGAGGCACUCAAUGAGGAGAAGGAAAGGCAGCUGGAAGAGGCACUCUCCCGCCUCUCCGCAGCCCAGGAGAGUGCCCCGGCCAACCACGUGUCUGAGUCAAGCCACUACAGGGAGGUGUCCAGCCUCAGCGACAAGGUCACUUCACUGCGCCAGAGUGUGAUGGAGCGAGAGAAGCAAAUCAUUGAGCUGAACGAGCGGCACUCCAAAGACCUUGCCAGUCUGAGGGAGGCCCAGGGGCAGGCCCAGCGCUCUGCCACACAUCACACCUCCACUGUGGACCACGUGCUGAAGACUCUGGAGGGGAUCCCAGAUGUUGUGUCCAGCUGCCCCGCCCUCAAGCAGCUGUUCAACUCGCUGGCAGCCACGGAGAAGUCCACACAGCAGCAGCAACAGAACGGCAACUUUAAUACUCAGAAUGGCUUUACUAACAACACCGUCAACAACAAGGACCUUAAUGCCAAUCCUCAGCCCGUCAUCAGUCCUAUUCUCAACAACAAGAGACUGAUCACCAACCAGUCUUCGGAGACCCACCUGUGAAUGGCCUAGAGGAGAUGGGCCCUGCAGUGCGUGUGUGUGUGUGUGCGUGUGUGAGCGAGUGCAUGCAUGUCUUGUGUAUGUGUCUUGUGUGAAUUUCCCUCGGCCAGCAGUGCAGUGAACAUGGAAUUUAACUUCUUAUAAAUUUUAAGAGGCACUUGUGAUGCAAAGUGUCGACACAAUCUCCAAUAAAUGGCACUGCUUCCUGGUGGAAUGCACACACCCUGUCAGUCUCAUUAUGUUUAUACUGCUGCAAAUUGUGAUUGUCAAAUCUCUCAGACAUGAACCUCUAGCAAACCCAAGGAGGGAGUCUGUGCCUGAGUGAUCAUUGUCAGUCAUAAUUUGCACAGAUAAAUCAACUAAGGACCUAUGGGUCUCUAGUUCUGCUUCACCAAACUCCCAAAGGUUUUAACCAACAGAUAGUCCACAGCAAGGCUUCCCCACGUCCACUACAGCUGGUCUAGUGAUAGUCUUUGCUCUCUUCAACACCAAAGCCCUUUUUAUUCUUUAGUAACUUAUAGCAAUGUGUAGAUGUGUAUAUUAUGAAGGGUAUAAGUAUAGACCCUGACUGAUCCUCACAAGUGAUGAGCGAUGCCUUACACAGAAACUGCUUUGGAUAUAUUUAAAUGCAGUGGUCCAUUAUAAGGAACUACAUCUUUAAUGUGUUAAAUCACUGUCAGUAUUGCUUAAAAAUUCAAAGCGUGACAGUUUUACAUGCUGUGAAUUCCUUGCUGUUUGAAGUUUAAAUUUCAGUCCUGUGUAUACUCGUGCAAAAGUCAAUAUCUUGUUAAAGUCCCAUAUAUGCUCUUGAAUAUGUCACACAUAUGCUCGUGCUAAAAUUAACCAGUUGUAAAAGUCCCACAUGUACUGUACACGAGAACAAGUCAGUCACAAUUAAAGUCUCGUAUAUACUCCUGUAAUCUCCUGCCCCCGAGACUAUGAUAAGUUUGGUUGAGGAAUAAAUUUAACCCUAUAGAAAAGCAGUGGCUGUCCAUGUAAAAGUUAACCCCCUAAUCUUUUCCUUAAAGAAUUCAGAUUUGACCUUUGACAAGCACUCAUGGGAUUCACUGAGCAACUUUAAUGGAAGGAAACUCAGAUAAUAUGUGAGCAAUAUUCAAAGGUUUAGUAAGAUAACAGUAGUGAUACAUAUAACAUCCAUAUCUAGUGCCCUUUAACCCGUAUAUAAACUGGCUUAAGUCUCUUGUUAACGUGUAACCAAGCACUUUGCUGUAGCGUGUCCCGAGUACCUAUAGCACGCCUUCCCACCAAAUAACCUCAAUGGAAUUUACACUAUUUAUCUGCGCUGCUGCAUGGCGAUGCGAGGGGAUGUGGGUGUUUACCAGUUCAUGCACACAAUUCCAAGAAGUACUCACGUCUGGGGCGCGGUGGUCUAAUGUGUUAGAGCGUCAAGCCAUCCAUAGAAGUGAAGAGCCAGGGUGAGGCGGCUCAAACCCUCGUGCUGUCCACAUGAUGUCAGGAAUGGUAUUCAGUUUUGAACCGCAAGUCACAACCCCAAGACAGCGACCCUAUAUGAAUAUAGAUUAAUUAAAGCUGUUGAGUAAAAAGACUGAUCAUGUCAGGGAAAAAAACUAAAAAUUGAGCUGGGAUGUCAAAAUGAAUAUUCAAAAUAAAGAAUGCUUAACAGUUCCUGUUUUGACCAUUUUAUUGUCAUACUCAGUUCAGUUUCUAGUGUUUGUUUUCCUGACAUGAGUAAGCGGAGUGGUGAAGACCCUCAUGUCACUUCCCCAAGCACCACCUAUUCGAGACACAACAUGCCGAGCUAGACUGUCUGGCCCACAAGGCCCGGCAGAUGUACCCAAACCACCGCUGUGAUGGAGAAAAAAAGCCUUAGUGACUCAUUUCCAUUUUGUAAUAAGUUCUGAAAGCUACUGUGUAUACUCAUUUGAAAAUCAAUCCCCCAAGGCUCUUAGGUUCGGUUUGAGGAAUAUAACUUCACCAGGCCCAAGAAAAGCAGUAUCAUAUCUCUAAAAGUUUUCCUUCUAAACUUCACCUUAAAAUAUCUUUUAAAAAUGGACUUUUACCUGAGUAUAUACAGUAAGUUACCCUAAGAAACUCCUGUCACAAUUCAGUUUUUUUAAGAUAAUUCUGUUUUUAUUACUUCUUUCCUCUUAUUUUACUGUAAAGAUUUUAUUGUUACCUAUGAUUAUUAUUAAGACAUGGAUGAACUAGAACAAUGUCUUCACAUAUUUAUUUUUCAAUUUCAACCCCUCUGAACUCUACAGAAAGUGCAGGUAUGAAAUUGCUGUCUUGGUUUGUUGUCAGGUACAGUUCAAUUCAGCUCAGGAGAUGGAACAGACCAGCGUUGUUCGUAUAUGAUCCAAUACAGGAUGGGUAGAAAAUUUGCAGUUAUUCUUAGAUUAAUAGAAAAUUAAGUUGAAAAUAUUUACCUCCAAGUGUCUCAGGGUAAAAACUGGAGGAAUCCUUUAUUAAAUCAAAUAAGUGUGUUGCCCACCAUUAUUUACUAAACAAAUUUCCAAACAGUUGGAAAACAGAAUGAAAGGCAGUAAAACAUUUUAGCAAAUCAAAUUUACCGUAAAUUUUUACUCCUCUUCUAGACACAAUGGUUUGCAGAGGAAAUGGGAAUAUUCUUCCUCUUGGUGCCGUCACUUCUUUCUCGUGUGGUUCAUUGGCCGGCGUCAGGCGUCUCAGCAUUCCAACAAAUAAUCUGAACUGACCUGGAUGUUGAGACCCCCUGUACAUGGUGGUGGCACAAGAUCCAGCUGUCAGUCAAACUUGUGAUGUCUGUUGGAGGAGAGGGGAAAGUUGACAAAAAGAAUGUUUUGCUGCUUCUCAGAACUUUGCUAGGUCUUGUUUUGUUACCUCUCAUAACAUGUUACUUAUAGCAUACUUAUUAACAUUGUUGGAAUUUCACACCACAGGAAGCUGUGAACUCUGCUUACCAUAUGUCCGUUAGGGUUGGCUACCCCUUGUAUAACAGGCAAAGUUUAUGAAUACGUUUCAGGAAGGAAAGUUGGGAGGAAGAAAGGAUGGACAUGUAGGGACACUGUGCCAAGAGGAGUGAUGCAUCCUCUACCUUGGCAGCUCUGAGGGGUAGACGUUAGAUCAGGCUGGCUGACACAAUCCUCUGCAAGCUUUACAUAUCUCCUUGGUGUGUUCAAACCAUUCUUAGAGCUUCUCUUCCCAUGAACAUUCAGUUUUAAAAUUUAUUUUCUUUGUUUCAUUUGUAAAUAAUUAUACUAAAACCUUACUGAAAAUUGAGUGUAGGAAGCACUAAGAGCAUGAAUUUUGCCUUGUUCCAGUUCAUCCACAGCCUUGGUGUAAAUACAGCAGACAAGGUUAAGUCUUCAGCUAGGUUAGUCCAAAUGAUCUCUGUUUGGUUCAAAGUUUCAGUAGCCUCAUUUUGUACUUAGCUUUAUAUUAAAAAAAUAUACUUA